GGCUACUAAACAAGAGGAAUAAUACUGGUUUGACACACACAGCCAAAACAAAUGGGCGGAUGGACUGUGGAGCCCUUUUGACAUUGUUUCUUUUCAGUGUGAAAUUUUCCGCGGUGGAUGAGGAUGCAACCAGGGGAAGAGGACUUUAUUGGUCAAGAUUAGCUUCACUUUUGUGACAUUUUAAUUAAAAAGACGAUUCGUUUAUGUGGAAAGAAAAAGGCAUCAUUAUUAAGGAACACUGGCCGCCACUUGUUGCAACGUCAGACUCCCAUCUCUCCGGCAUGGGAGGAGGGAGGAUUUGAGGGGAGGUGGGGACACCGUCACAUCCUCUGUCCAUAUAUGGGCAUGAAGUUUACACGCAGCGGGGAAUCCUCUCACUGGAGCUGAUGAAUGGGGAGGAGGGCCGAGGGAGCUGCCAAAGUGUAUAUAAGGAGAGAGAGGGGAAGUCGCUGAUGUGAAAUCCACAGCAGGCAAAUACCUACCGAGGAGCAGAGACGAAAAGGAAUACCGUUAAUUGCUUUUUUUUUCCUGUUUUUGACCACAGACCACUUUGGAUCAUUUGUUGAAAACCAUCAAAAAGGAGGGUUGAAAGAAAACAAGCUUCUGUAUUAUUUGUUUACCCCCUCCCUUUUUUUUUUUCUUUUUUUUUUUUACCUUUUUUAUUUCCUUCAUUGGGAGAGACGGACUUUUAAGUGCAUCAGUAUGUUGAACAAUAUGGAUUUGAAUGCGAAAGAUUCUUUCUACCCUCAGUUUGAGAAUUGCAACAGUUCUUCCUUGGGGAUGGAAAACAGCGUGCGGAAAGAUAACCAGGAGGUGUAUGUCGAUGCAGAGCGGGGGGUACCUGCCCAGUUUGGCCACGAAGGAACACCUGCAACUCUCAAAACCGAAGCUUCCAACUCAGAAUUCGCUUUUAACCCCUGCGAGUGCCCAAAAGACACAUACACCCCCUCCUCGCUCGCCUACUCCGGCAGUUUCUAUGUGGAGGCAUCUCAGGGAGCGCCGUGCAGCACCGAAACACUCCUCAACAUGAUCACAGAGAUCGUGGGCAUAUCCACGCUGCCGCUUUCAGAAGUGCAACAGAGCGGCAACAGUCGGGGAGCUUAUCCGUCGCCUGCGCCGCUGGACAGCAGCAGUGGUAAUUUUGGAGACCCUGGCUCCAAGAGGCAGUCCUACACGUGCUCCGGACCCACUCCUCCUGUGUACUCUCCGGAUCAGACGUGCUCGAGGUAUCCCGACGAUCAGGCCGGCGGCCAGGUCCAAGACCCGUCCUCUUCCCAGCUCAACUUCAGCUCGUCCCGAGCUCCAAACCAGAAGAAGGCUGAACCAAAGUCAGAGGCUGCUUCUUUCCCCGUCGUGGUGAAGAAUGAGUUUGAGAGCAGCUGCUACGAGUGGGGGACCCUUAAUAAGUCUGAUUGUUUGGAGACCAGUUUCCAGACUGAAACCUUCCCGAUGUCGAGCGAUUUCCCCCCUGACCAGCAAAUGGAUGUAAAGGAACUUUUAGACACGUUCCCCCCAAUUUGCCCCAACCCGGAGAUGGAGUUUAAAGUGGAGGAGGGCAUCAAACAGGAGCCGUGUUUCUCUGACACCUGCUCUCAGAGCUACUCCAGCCCCAUGUACAAUAAUUACCUCCCACCCCCGCCGAUGGGCCUCUCCUCUAACCUGAAACCCUUCCCCGAACCUCCACAGCCAUCUAAUCAGUGCGAUUCCUUAUACACAACACCAGCUUUACCGAGCACCAUAGACUCCAUCCUGUACUCUUCCUUGCUGCCAGAUUCAUUUGCCCAAAGUUACACUACCCGCGCUGCGAAGCCCCCCAGGGCCAGAAAGAGCCCUGCCGCCUCUCAUGGCCCCGCCAAAGAGAAGCCCUUCACCUGCCCCAUGGAGAGCUGCGACCGGCGCUUCUCUCGCUCUGACGAGCUCAACCGGCACAUCCGCAUCCACACAGGCCACAAACCUUUCCAGUGCCGCAUUUGUUUGCGCAGUUUCAGCCGUAGCGAUCACCUCACCACCCACACCAGGACUCACACCGGGGAGAAGCCGUUCUCAUGCGACGUGUGCGGCAAACGCUUUGCCCGCAGCGACGAGAGAAAACGGCACGGACGCGUACAUCUGAAACAGAAGGAGAAAAUGGAAAUUAAGCCACAGGUGACCACCGGCGCGUGGCCGUUCACUCUUCCCGAGGGGAUCUGAAGACCAGGCCGCGUGUGCACACAUAACAUGUUAGGAUCUUUCCGUCUUGGAAGAUAAACCAGCUGACUACAAGUUGAUGUCUGAGUUGGUCUGACUGGCGAGCCAAUACCUAACGUAAGAGGUUUUUGCGAAUAUUAAGAGUUUUUGAGGAGCAGAGAAGGGGAAGAGGACUGCUUCGGCCUUAUUGCAGGCUGCCGAUGCUGCUGACUAUUAUGCAAAAAACAACAACAAAAAAACAACAAAAAAAAGUGCAUAAGUUGUAAGAGUCGGUAAACAGAUCAACAAUUAACUUGUUGCUGUUACUGUCAGUAAAGCCAAACCUCUCCGCCCUGAAUUGCAUGACUGCUGUUCAGCACCUCCGUCACCUGGACAGCUCCAACCUCCAUUCGCCUCUCACACUGAAUGGAUUGCACUUACAGAUUAUUAAUAUCUCCAUUUAAGAUUCUUAUUUUCUGCUUUUAGCAUUCUUAGAGCAAUUGUUUGGACUAUGUUUCUUAAAAAUGCAUGUUUAUGUCAGUGUUUUUUUUUUUUCUUUUCCUUUGGCUGGAAUAUCAACCACUGUCAAGGUACUCGUUCACUCCACAGUGAGGGGUUAUUGACAUGAAUGUAGACUAACAUAUUUAUGGUUCUCACCAUAAAGCUGCCCAUCUUUGAUCAGAUUUAGUGUUUGUUUAUCUUCUUAUCAUUAUGCUGUCAGUGUUUUUUGUCACUGGUCUUUGUGUUGUGUUACAAUUGUUUGGAUUAUUACAGUUGUGAAAGAUAUAUCAUAAAUGGGAAAUAAAUAUAUUUGUAUUACUGUACUUUCUUUGUAUUUUUAUAGCCAACUGUAUAUUUUACAAGUAUAUUUGAACGUCCUUUUUAAGGUGAAUUGUAUUCUAAAUCAUAACUAAUGUCUUGGUUUUUGAGGGCUAUUGUUUAGUAAUACAAUAUUUUAAAUGUUACAAUUUGAUAUCGGAAACCUUUUCGCACUUCAUCCCAUUGUUGGUACGAUGAGAGUUAUUUCAUUGAACUGUUGAUCUAGAUUU